UGUGUAUUUUGAGGGCUCAGUCAGAUUCCACCGCAGAAUUAUCGGAUUGAAAAUCAGGGAGGGGAGCUGAAAAAAACUCAACGCAACCAACUCACAGCGAUGCAGUGCUUAAGUUUCUAAACAUCACAACGGAUUUCCCUGCGCUUUUCAACACGACUUUUGCCAUUCAAGCAAUCAAAGGACUUUUUUUCAGAAUCAUCAUGCCACGAUCGUUUUUGGUGAAAAGUAAAAAGUCUCACAAUGUGCACCGACCCAUCGACACCGAGCAAAGUGAACAGAAACUCCCGGACCCAACACCCAAAACAAUCCCAGCGCUGGUCCCUGUGGAACCAAAGGAACGUAACUCUCCAGAGCGGCCCCAGGUAGAUUCGGUCACUCGGCCAUCCCACAGAGACCCGUAUGACUUCAUCAAGUGUGAGCGAGAAGCCGACUGCCCAAUACCAUCUCUACCUGAGCUGCCCGUCACAACCAGACGGCCAUUUUACUUAUCUGAGCCUCAGCUGGCAGAGUUCCCUCCCUACUACAAGAGCGCUUAUACCUGGGAUCAUGUUCCUACAACAUAUGACUUCAGGCAGAUGGGCUUCUCUCCAUCGCUCCUGCAGCACGCCAGCAGCCUGUACGGAGCUCAUCUGAAGCAGAGCUCUGAGCCUCAACAACCACUGGACUGCAGCACACACUACUCACCCACGUCGAACACCUACCACUGCAUUACCUGCGAUAAGGUGUUUUCCACCCCUCAUGGGCUGGAGGUUCACGUCAGACGUUCUCACAGUGGCACACGUCCCUUUGGAUGCAGCAUCUGCAGAAAGAGCUUUGGCCACUCUGUCAGCUUAGAGCAACACAUGAACGUCCACUCUCAGGAAAGAAGUUUUGAGUGCAAGAUGUGUGGAAAGACCUUCAAACGCUCCUCAACGUUGUCCACUCACCUGCUGAUCCACUCGGACACACGGCCGUACCCCUGCCAGUACUGCGGCAAGAGAUUCCACCAGAAAUCCGAUAUGAAGAAACACACCUACAUCCACACAGGUGAGAAACCUCACAAAUGCCAGGUGUGUGGCAAGGCCUUUAGCCAGAGCUCUAACCUCAUCACACACAGCCGCAAACACACCGGAUUCAAGCCAUUCGGCUGUGAGGUCUGUUCCAAAGGCUUCCAGAGGAAGGUAGAUCUUCGCAGACACCACGAGAGCCAGCACAGCCUUAAAUAACGGAGGUUGCAUAUGGUGUCGCAGACAGCAUGGAGGAAAUGAAGACCACCGAUGGCUGGAAAAAAGACUGUUGCUUCAGAAUGUGUUUCUUUAAGUAGACUCAUGUUAAAGGGAUAGCUCACACUAAAAAUUACUAUUCUAUCAUCAUUUACUCACCCUCAUGUUGUUCCAAACAGUGUUGUUAUUAAGUUAAAAUUAAGAGUAUCAUUAAAAAUAAUGUUUGAAAUAAUCUGGAAUGAAAUAAUGAAAUAAAUAAAAGAUGAAAAGCUUUAAAAAAAACUACAUAAAAACAUAAAUUAUGUCAUUUCAAAAAUUAGAAACAUUGGCGUUGAAGUUGAAGUACUAAAAUUAAAACUUAAAUAAAAAUAAAUUAAAGUGAUAUAGAAAUAUAAUUAAAAAAUAUAUAUAUAAAAGUAAAAGCUACUUCAAAAAAUACUAUAUAAUAUUGUUUUAAAAAUGGGUCUCAAAUGACAGCUUUUGUGCUCCACAGAAGAACCAAAGUCAUACAGGUUUGGAAAAACUUGAGGUGAGUAAAUUAUUUUCAUUAAGACCUUUUAAUUGACUUCAAAAUCUGUUUCUUUAUUCUAUCCAGUAAUUCAUUGAAACUGUAAUCUGACACACAAAAAGUCCAGCAAAUGUCCUUUUAACUAUUAAAUCAUAACCAUAUGUCAGUUGGUGCCCUAUGAAGAAGUCCAAAUAUAUUUCUUUUAUUUCUAAACUUGCUUUUUAAAUGCAGUGAAAAGAUUGCAUGUUAGUGUUUCAAUAGAUCUUUGAUUUUGUGUUAUUUAUUGAAACUCUUGUCACACAAUAAAUACUCCUGUUUGAAAUGACUGCUUGAUCAAUAAUUCAUGAAAGUGCAUUUUUAAAUCUAGUUGUGAGCUAAAGAAAAGGCUAAAGGGGGAGGGGUGCAUGUACUGUAAAUGUGUAAAAAAAAUCAGUCCCGGUUCAGUGAAAAAUGAGAAGAGUCAGCAAACAUGGCUUUGCUGUGUUUGUCUUCUUGUGUCUCCGCCCUGUCGAGGAUCCGGAUACACAGUUCCGUUGGCCUUGCUGAUGGUUCUGCACACUGCUGGAGGCUGUGUGAAAUCUCUGGUGUGACUAGAGAUAAAGCCUCAUUCAAAUAGGUACCUGGAACUCUACAUGCAAAUCUCCUGCCUGGCAGGUUUGUAAACUUCAUGCGGCUGAAUGAACGGACCUUCUGAGCCUGAGCAUGGCGGAGAAAGGCAAAGCAGCGAAACAAAGAAAUGGAUAUUUAUGAAUGCAAUGAUUCCUGUGAUUAAACUUUGACCAACUGGGACUCCUUAGUCUUAGUUGUGCAAACAUUUUGACUAAGAAAACUCAGAGAUUUCCUGACGUCUGCUUCUCAGGUCACUCCCAUCAGCGGAGAUCAAGCUACUUUGCCAAACAAAUUCCUACUGACACAGCUUUGCGCACACCGCCCCUCUCAAACAAAACAGACAGUUAGGAAAAUCCAAUCAGUCUACACUGUACUGUAUCAUAAACCACACAUUGCACACCUCACAUGUGGUUCCCUCAGAACGCUGGUAGCGGCUACAAUCACAAAACAGGGUCAGGACAGGUAAGUGCGGUUAUUCAACGAAGAGGAACUUAUUGAGAAAAAAGCUGAAGAAAGUUGGUCAGAAAUCUCAUCACUUCCACUGCUGACCUGUUCCCCAUCUGCGCCC